UACAUACACAAUUUUGCUCAAGCUAUCGCUCAAAUACGUAGAUACAUUUUUGUGUAAAGGGGUUAGCCACUGUUAGAUGAAAAUAUUAAGUCCAGACUACUAAAUCUGUUUUUGGCAUAUCGUACUUCUUGAGUCUUGAGUAUAUAUUGAUGCUGAAGUCAGCUUGUAGAAAUUAGUCUCCGAAAUCAACCUUGUAGAGGGAUUAAGCCAUGUUCAAGCGCAAUAAACAAAAGUACAUUGUUCGAACCAAUGUCGAUAUUCAGAAAGUAGAGAACCUGUCUACCUGUUGCGCGAUAGGUGAUAAUAUCUUUGUGCAAAUAUCUCGCGGUUUGAAAGGAUCGCGCGUAGUACAGUCUGAACCUGUCAUUUGCAGAAGCCAUGCAGAGGUUAUUAUUUCAAAAGAUUUCGAGUGGGACUCUGAACAUUUUCGAGACAUCAAAACGGGAACGUUCGACUCGAAAAUAUUAACUGUCAGACUCAAAUACCAGCCCAGAAAUUCAAGUAAAUCUAAAACUAUUGGUCUUAUCAAGUUGAACAGUUCAGUGCUAUGCAGUCAUGUAAAUUGCUUAGCCAGUGGUAUAAUGUCUCUGUCUCACCACAAGAAAAUACUUAAAACAUCGAUUAGUAUGACAAUUCAAACAAGAUGGCUUAAAGUUGGACACGAAUUCGUUAAGGAUCUUUUUGAGCCGUAUAAAAACAACGAGUCAAGCCAUAAACCCGACAGAAGCAAUGGAUGUUCCGAACCGAUAGUUCCUGCAAUUGAGAAGCUUGGUUCUCCUGUGAAGAACAAAAAUAGCGAGUCUCCAAGUUCGGCGAACGCUCAAUUAGCAGCUCAUUCAAAUAGUGAUAAUGUCAUACAAAAUGAAAAGGGUAUUUUAUCUAUAUCAAAUUUAGACAAGUUCAUCUGCCAAAGUUGUAAUUCAUCUGUCAAUUUCGAAUGUUCGAAUACGUCGUCUGGUAGUAACGAGACGUUAGGUUUCGAUCAUGCACUGUCGAAGAUGGCAUCGACAUCUGUCAAUUCUAAAUCCACGUCUAAUUUACCUUCGUUACCAGUGAAGUUUUUAACAACGCUCUGUCAUUCUAAAUCGCAAAAUUAUUCACACAAGGCUGGAUUGAGCUAUGACACAUCUAUUGAUUUGCAGAUCCAUGAGUCAUUAAGUAAGGAAGACCGUACAUCUCUACUACCAGAAGCUGCAAAGAAAUCUAAAGAAUUUUUAGAGCAAAAAAUAACUUGUAUAAAUGACAAGGAAGAUGCUAAUAAUAUUUCUGAAUUUGAAGAUUUGUCAAAAGUCGGAGCCAAUAAUACGGGCUCUGUGGCGAAUGUUAAUUUCGACCCGCUAUUGGACCAAGAAAAGAAACGACGUGGCAGCACAAUGGAAGAUAUUUCAUUAAACGCUGUUGCCAUGCUUGAUCAUAGAAUUAAACAUAGAAAAUGUCUGUUUUGUGGCUGCGACUUUUGUGGAUCGAGCUCACGCGGUAAUUCUGUCAAAAGUUUUAAUGAUUUGUACGACAGUUAUCAUGCGAAAGCUUCUCACCAAUAUCGAAUAUCAAUGGCAAAAGACUUGAUUAGCAUAUUGACAGUAGACAGACACUCUAGCUCCAUCAUGUGGAUAAUGUUUGCAACAUGUGUUAUAUUUGGUUGCUAUUUUACAUUGGGAUCCGACUACUUCUAUUUGGGGUUGAGCGCGAGUCGCGUUCAUUGACGAGUUUGCAAAACUUGGUACGCAUUUGAGAUGUGCGCAACUCAAGUCUGAAGAGUUACAAGGCCGUAUACACAACGAGCAUAUUGUUUUGAAUUCCUGGUAGACAUCACCUCAGCAAUGAUUGGUUCAACGUUGGUCUUAGCACUUGUUUAGAUCAAUGGCUUCAUUGGUGACAGAUAUCCAUUCGAUCAAUACGAGCAGCACGAGCGAGCAUUUUAUAAAAGGUUUUCUCUCGAGCGUAUCAGGGAAUCAAGAGGGAUAUAUCUCCGCGGUGAUAUAUUUAACGUGCAUUUUAGCAAAGGUAAAAUACACUUUGCCAAAUAUUGCACAAACGCGCAAGAAAAACAAUUAAAAACAACAGUGUAGGUUGAUAUUUGUUGUAAGAGAAGGUCACAGAAAAUUUUUGUUGAGAUGGGGGAACAUCUGUUUUGUGUCUAUAAAAGAAUUGUAGAAUAAAAAAAUACAUAUAAUUACUAUUAUAUUAAAA